GCUCGAGCGCAGCCUCGAGCCUGCCCAGAGGCACCGCGCUCCUGCCGAGCUGCCCGCCCGCCAGCGCCUCGGGAGGCAGCCAUGCGGUGGCCCUGGUCCCGGCCCGAGCCGGAGGCGGCGCCCCUUGCGGCGCAGCCGGCGGCGGCGAUGCCCGUCGCGGUUGUUGUGCCGGUGCCCUCCGCGGGCCCGGCGGCGGCCCCCGCCGGGGCGCCGCAGGGCGCGGGGGGGGCGCACGUGCCCCCCAUCCCGCACAGCUUCGCCCAGCAGCUGCAGCCCAUGAGCGAGGACGAGCUCCAGCAGCUGGUGGGGGCUGACCUGCUGAUGGACGACCUGAUCUUUGGGAUGCCGGAGGUGCAGGCGCUCCAGAAGCGCAGGAGGGAGGCGCACCAGGAGCUGCGGGACCUGGCCGAGCGGGUCCUGCGGCAGGAGGGGGAGUUCAAGGGCGCGCUCCGGGCCUGCCAGGAGGGCGCAGACACCGCUCCCGGGCGCAGGAGGGGCCUGGCCGGGAGCAGCCGAUGCACGGGAAGCCCGCGCCAAGAGGAGGCGCGGGAGCCGCUGAGGGAGCUGAGGGGCUCCGUGCGGGACCUGUGCCGCCAGCGCGACGAGCUCGCGCGCGCCCUCGCGCCCGAGAGGGUCGCCGCCGCCCUGCAGGCGGAGGCAGGCCAGAGGGACCAGGCCGCGGAGCUGGCCCUCUCCGAAGUCCUCGCCGCCGACACGCGGCUGGGAGACGACGCCCUGGCGGCCCUCCGGAAGCGCUACGUGGAGGAAAAGGUGGAGAAGCAUUGGAGGCUCGGGCUGGCACAGGCGUGCCUCGCGGGGUGACGGCGCCGUCGCGCGGCCUUCCGCGCGGCAAGUGGCCAGGGCGCGCCAGGCCUUGCCAAGUCCCAGCAGGCACCUCUUCCCAGACCCUCCUGCGCCAUGAAACAACACACGACGUGUGGUUGUGCAUCCUUUUCGGACC